GAAAACACCAUGAACCUCGACCUGACCGAUUUCAAGCAGACGUCAUGCGAGGGCUAUGUGACCAAGCGAGGCCACGUCAUGAAGUCGUGGCGGCGCCGCUACAUGGUGCUCGACGGCGACACGCUCAAGGUGUCGUACUACGACAGCAAGACGAUUUACAAGAGCGACAAGCCCAAGGAAAAAGGAUCGUUCAUCCUCGCCGAGAUCGAAAAGCACGACUACAGCGACGAAGGCGGUGGUGUCAAGCCGUAUGGCUUCAAGCUCGUAGGUCAUGCACCGGGGCACGGCUACAAGGAGUUUUGCGUCUAUGUCGAGACGGCCAAGGACCAAACGCAGUGGCUUGAAGUGGCGCACAAUGCGCUCGGCAAAAACGUCACGCCACAGGCGUCCGUGGACCAGCGAGCGAGCGCGCUCUUGGGGCACCGUGCACCCUCGGGCUUCCUCACGUCGGCGCCGGUCCAGCUUCGCAAUGUCAACAAGACCAAGGAAGAACUUUUGCGCAAGGCGAUCGUGACGCUUGAGCAUGCACGGACCGUGGGCGACAACACUGUCUCGGAAAUGGGCCACAACGCAGAAAUGCUCGAUAUUGCCGAGGCCAAUAUGGACUACGUGGAGACGGAGCUCGACCGCGGCGACAACAUCAUCAAAAAGAUGACGAGUCCUUUCUUCUACUACUUUUCCAGCUCCAAGAGCAAAAAGAAGGGGACAGGGUCGCCCAAAUCCAAGUCGGCGCGAAGCCACCAGCCCCAAACGCCCAUGAAUUCGCCAACCCACAAAAAGUCAAGUGGCCCGGCGUCCAAGGCAGGUGGCGCGACCACUGAUGCCGGCGACGACGAACUCGACCAGCUCUCCAAGAUCCUCGCGUCGCUCGAAGUCCACGCCAACACGAUCAGCACCGAGGUCGAGCGCACAACCGAGCAAAUCGACCGGAUUCAGAAGAAGAUGGUCGAGGCCGACGAGCGCAUCGUCGAGCAGAGUGCCAAAGUCCACGCGAUCCAAGAAAAGAACAAGCUCUAGUCAGAUUGAGUGCAACAAACCGACUCACUUGCGGUCCA